AUGGGCGCCUUCUACCGCUACGGCAAGACGUUCUACGACAUGAUGAUGGAGGAGGUCUACCGGGGCGCGCUCAAGACGGAGGCGGAUAUGAUCGCCUUCAUCAAGGCGCACGUGCCGGGCGGCGCGAAGCACUCCGUGAGCGUGAGCCUCAGCGUGACGGCGCGCGACUGGGAGUGCGCCAAGGUGCUCUUCGGCAUGCUGCUCGUCGCCAUGGUCGAGUCGUCGCUGCCGAUCACGGUCGACAACCUGGCGUCGACGGGAACCUGGCGCAAGUUCUACGCGUGGGCGCUCAACCCGGCCUGCUCCAUGGACGUCGCCGUCCUCCACUACCACCUGCGGAUUUCGAUCCGCUACCACCUCGUCUUCGACCUCCUCGUCUUCAAGGACGAGCGCGCCGCCGCGCUCGUCACGCGCGACGAGAAGCGCAGCCGGGGCAGCGGCGCGCCCCACGUCUUCAGCCUCGAGGGCAACUCCAUGCCCCUCUACGACGUCCUCAAGGAGCUCUACCUCUGGCUGUUCGCGCUGUGCGCGGCGCUGUGCGCGACCGUCGACGGGCUCUCCGGCGGCGCCGUGGGGCCCGGCGACGUGCUGGGGAUGGCGUGGUGCUGGGCAGCCGUGCUGAGCGGCGGGUCGCCGGCCGUCGUCGGCGUGGCCGCGGGAAUGCGCUGCGCGAUCGUCGCGGCGCGGCUGCCCCGGUGCCUCGCCUUCGAGUGGAUGUGCCUCCAGAGCGACGCGGUCGUCGCCUUCGCGUGCCUGCGCCACUGCCGGGACGCGGGGCGCGCGGCGGCCGCCGCGCGGUCGCUCGUGCGGCGGCAGUGGGCCGUGUUCUUCGGCGCGGCGGCGUUCUGGAAGCUAAACAGCGCCUACUUUGACGCGCGGACGUCCUGCGGCAGCUUGCUGGGCCUCGAGGUGCUCGCGCUCGCGUCGCGGGCGACGCGAUUCUACUGCACGGAGCCGGUCGUCGCGGCCGUCGCGCGCUUCGCGCCGCACUGCGUCGCGGGCCUCGAGGCCACCGUCGCCGGGCUCCUCGGUGCGACGGCCUUUGGCGCCGCCGACGAUGGCUGCGGCCGCGCCGGCGCGCGCGUCGCGCUCGGCCUCCUCGUCGUUCGAUGCCUCGCGCGUCCGCCC